AUGCUAACAGAAUCGCCCGUGUCUCCCGCACUAUGGGAAACGCAGCAACUGCCAAGAAAGGCAAGUGAACUGGAGAGCGAGACUUUUGUCAAAGAGUUUCUAGCCAAAGCCAAAGAAGAUUUCUUGAGAAAAUGGGAAUCACCACCACAGAGCACAACUGGCUUAGAUGACUUUGACAGACUAAAGACAUUGGGCACAGGAUCCUUUGGGAGAGUUAUGUUGGUUAAACACAAGGCUACAGAUCAGUUCUAUGCCAUGAAAAUUCUGGACAAACAAAAGGUGGUGAAGUUGAAACAAGUGGAGCAUACACUAAAUGAAAAGAAAAUAUUACAAGCAGUAUCCUUCCCGUUCCUUGUCAGAUUGGAAUAUGCCUUUAAGGACAACUCUAAUUUGUAUAUGGUGAUGGAGUAUGUACCAGGAGGGGAGAUGUUCUCACAUCUUAGAAGAAUUGGAAGGUUUAGUGAACCACAUGCACGGUUUUAUGCUGCACAGAUUGUCCUGACCUUUGAGUACCUCCACUCACUAGACCUCAUCUACAGAGACCUGAAACCUGAAAACCUACUCAUUGACCAGCAUGGAUAUAUACAGGUAACAGAUUUUGGAUUUGCAAAAAGAGUAAAAGGCAGAACCUGGACAUUAUGUGGAACUCCAGAGUACCUGGCGCCAGAGAUCAUCCUCAGCAAGGGAUACAACAAGGCUGUGGACUGGUGGGCACUUGGCGUUCUCAUAUAUGAAAUGGCUGCUGGAUAUCCCCCAUUUUUUGCAGACCAGCCCAUUCAGAUCUAUGAGAAAAUCGUAUCUGGAAAGGUACGAUUCCCCUCACACUUCAGUUCCGAUUUGAAAGAUCUGUUGAGGAAUCUGCUGCAGGUGGACCUGACUAAGCGCUAUGGCAACCUAAGGAAUGGUGUCAAUGAUAUCAAAAACCACAAAUGGUUUGCCACAACGGAUUGGAUAGCCAUCUAUGAGAGGAAGGUGGAGGCGCCAUUCAUACCAAAGUGCAGAGGUCCUGGAGACACGAGCAACUUUGACGACUACGAAGAGGAAGACAUUCGUGUAUCUCUUACAGAAAAAUGCGCAAAGGAAUUCUCAGAGUUUUAGUUACGGACACAUCUAAGCUAGGCAUAUGCAUAUAUACAUAUAUUUACUUCUCUAUAUAUGUGUAUAUAUGCGUGUGUGUUUGUGUGUGCGCAUCACACGACACGUCAAAUAAGGGUAUCUUUGCACUCUAAAGACAUGGGAUGAGCAGAGAGCACAUCACCCUUCAACUUCUUGUGUACUUCCUUCAUUCCAUCCGGCUUUAGAGAGGUCACCAGGUCACCAGGGUUCUCAUGCUCUUAACCAUAUACACUGGCACAUCUCUUACUCCUGUAAUUCACUCUUUUCCUACUCCUUUUUUUUUUUUUUUUUUGCUUUGUUAAACAACCUCAGUUGUUUGACAUUGUGUUCCCCGUUUUGAAAGUUUUUUUUUUUUUUGAAAGAUGUGAAGAUUUUAGAAUGACAUUUAAAAUAGACGUGGGGGAGGAAAAAAAACACAAAAAAGGCCAAUUCAGCAUUGUUACUUUUUUCAUGGCAGCGUCACACAGUGUUGUGAUUGGAAAGGUAGGCGUUGCCUGAACCUAUUGGCAGUUUUGGUGUUACACCUCGCUUUUAUUUUCUUUUUACCUUAGACCAAAACAACUGACAACUUUUUAUUUUUUUGUUACUUGUGCAUAUCUGUUGAAUUCAGAGUGGUUUUUCUUUUAUUCGAACCACCUUGUGUGUUGAAAGCAUGACCAAAACCAUCAUGUUGUGAAUGGCAGAGGAGGAGGUCUUAACUCUUCAGAUUUGCCUUAGAAAACUCGAUAUUACAGAGCCCACAGAAUGAUUGCGUUACAAAUGUUACAGUGAUCUUUAUCACAAUGUUACAGUAAAGGUCCAGUCUCAUGCAUAUACUGACAGAUGUUGUUAGCAAUAUAAAAUAUAUCUUAUUUUACCACUUCUGUGCAUUUUUAUUCAUUAUGCAAAGGUUUUAUUCUAAAAUGUAAGAAAAACCUUAAAGAUUGGUUCACUUUGAUCAUUUUAACUGCUGUUUAUUAUCUGAUAUUUAAAACUAAGAAAAACAGCAAAUGCAUUGGUCCAAUCGCUGCAAGAUGAAUUGGAUCAGGGAUGGGUAGCUUCGAUCCUGGAGUGCCACUGUCCUGCAGAGUUUAGUUCAAACCCUGAUUAAAAACUCGCCAGCAUGUAGCUUUCUAGUAAUCCUGAAGACAUUGAUUCGCUUGUUCAGGUGUGUUUGAUCGGUUUCGGAGCUGAACUCUGUAGGACAGUGGUCCUCCAGGACCGAAGCUGCCCAUCCCUGAAUUGGAUCAUCACAGUGAGGCACUUAUCAGUUACACAUCAGUUACUUGUUCACUUUUUUUGUCACUGUUUUUAAUUUAAUGUUGAAGCUGUUUUGCAAAGUUCUCUCUUAACUGAAAAUUGUAAAACUGCCAAAACUCCAUGUUCUCUCUUCCAUUGUUGCUGUUGAACUUCUGUCGUAUUUUUUCUUUUUCUUUUCUUAUGACCGAAUGUAGUGUUGAAACUUCUAGGUAUGCAUAUUGUUUGAAAAGUUUGAAUUUUGAGGUACAUUCUCACAGACAUAUACUAAGAAACUGAAUAUGUUACAAAGAAAGAGAGAAAAAAAUCAGAGGCUAGUAAGCCUCUUCUCCUUUGUAUCACAUAUAAUCCAGUUAUUGUUCAGCUCAUACUGCGUAUAUGCAUUAUUUCUUAUAAAUGUUUUUAUUUAUACACAUAUUAGAGAGAUGCUAAUAAAUUUUAUUUUUAAGA